CUACGGUUAUUGUACCAGCGCGUGUCCUCCUCUGGUCUGGUAUGCGCUUAAUCCUUAGUUCGCACGACAUCGUUAUGUUACAGUAGAACCUCAACGCAACGUCAGAAUGGUCGGCGGUCGAUCAAUGACGACAGUCGAGACACAAACAACGUGACGAUGAGAGAAAGUUUGUGCACACGACAUAAAUAGAACAUGAGGUCUCACGAUGCUUAUAUAGACUUCACGUCGACACCCAUCUACUCAACAACCUCAGCAACACCAACAAUACCAAACUCCCAUCUAUUCUAAUCCAUCGCCAACAACCCUAUACUCAAAAUGCGCACCACAUCCCUCAUCACUCUCGCGGCCACCGCCCUGGUCUCCUCUGCCAGCGCCCGAAUCAAUGGCUUCACCCUUCCGGACACCAUCUACCUCGACGCCGACGUCCCGAUCACCAUCACGACCGAAGGCUACAUUCAAUCCGUGCAGGACGUGAGCAUUGCCUUCGGAAUCGCGCCAGCCGCACAGGCAGACCCAAAGACAUUGGGCACGAGGCUUUUGAGCAGUAAAUUCUUGGGACCUGACAACUCCAACACUUACGACAAUAUCACCCACUACGUCCACAUCCCCUCAUCCCUGGCCAGCGGCGAUGCCGUCGUCACGGCCGCCUUGACCUCGCUCUACGGCGCCUUCUACGGUCCCGUCUUGACGUACUUCACCAAGAACGUCACUGUGUUGACGAGACCCUAG